ACCUUGUUAGAAUUUACCAACCUACCAUCUCCACUAGCACCCACUUCACCUACCACCUCCACUCAACUCACCUACCACACACACUCACCUACUCCCCAAUCCUCUCCUAUAUAAUUAGUACCUCACCAUCUGUAAUUUACACAACAAUCUUACAAUCAAUCAAUCAAUAAUACAGUAUUUUUUAACAUGGUAUCAGAGCAAGGUUAAUAACCUGGUCAUUCUGCUUCACCGGCGGGCGGCAGCCUUGCCUUGGCCGACCGCCGGACCUCUACACAUUCUCUAGCUUCCUCUAUCUCAGUCACUGUCCUAGCCCCUCCCUCGGGCAUGGUCUCCCCUCUCUCUCUCUACACUCAAAACAGAGAGAGAGAGAGAGAGAGAGAGACACGAUCAGAGCUCGACCUUUUAGGUGAACUGUUUUGUUGUUGGGGAGGUGAAGAGCCGAGAAUGGUGGGUAUCUUCUCUAGAUUUUCUGUCAACAGAAAUAUUCACCGACGAACCCAAAGUGCAAUUGAUGAGAGGGAAUUUUUGCCCUCUAAUUCAGAGGUUCCAGGUGCAGCUACAGUUAUUACUGGUGCAGCAGUAACUGCUGCUCAUGGGAUUGAAGUUGCAGUUGAGUUUAAACCCCUUGAACACCCAACUGAGCCUCUUGACAAUGAUCGACCGAUUCUGUGCCCAAUCCGCAGGGAAGAACGAGACGAAGAGUACCCACCACCAGCGCCACCCUCCUUCGACGGGCCUCCACCACCACAUCCGCCGUCAUAUUACGAACCACCGCCACCAACUGUGUAUGGAGGCGGCCCAGGCGAACCAUACCAACUGUUAGGGUUGUCCCCCAAGCAGAGAGUACUUUCUCUCUCACUAUCCGUGACGGCCAGGUCAUCCUUGCCCGCUCCAAUCACUCCGAUCCUUUCCAGCACUGGAUCAACGAUGAGCAGAUCCGUCCACGAGUGACGGAUGAAGAGGGCUUUCCCAGCUUUGCUCUGGUCAAUAAGGCCCCUGGUCAGGCUAUCAAAGUGCCGAAACCCAUCCCCCAUCUUGCUUUUUCUUUUUUUAAUAGUCCCACCGAGAGAGGUCCACUUUCCUCCCCCAUCAACACCUUUCUUUUUUUUAAUUUUGUUUUUCCUCACUGGACUGCCACUAUCCUCAUCCCACAACUCAUUCUCUUUCUCUCUCUUUAAUAAUCAAACCCAUCUUUUACGCACGCCACUGAUACACAAACCCAGCAUAAUCAUCACUCCC